GGCAGCUGAGCGAUACAGCGUCAUUUGAUGAUGAAGACUUAUUUUCUCGUUUUUUUUCUUCUCUUUUGCUUUGCCAGCGCCAAAACAAAGCCGGCAAAGAGAGAGUUGAAAUGCGGUACUGACUUUCCAAAGAAAUUGUCUGGAAGACUCUAUAUGGUGAACGUGACUGAGUCGGGAGGCACAUCUAAGUGGGAAAUGACUUACAACAUGGACUCAGAGCUUGAGAAGAUGCAGACAUUGACAACAUUUAAUGGCGUGGAAUAUAACACGAUAUGGGACUUUAAAAUGGGCAAGGCGUACACGGUAUACUCUGGGAGAUGUUUUGUUUCACCGAUUGAAGAUGAUGAUGUAUUCAACUCGGAGGAACUCAAGAGCUUGACUUUCGACACUAAAGGAAAGCUUGGAAUGAAAGGCACCGUGGUUGGAGUGUAUGGAGGAAUAGUGAACGGAGGCAAGUGAAGUACUUGACUGUAAAUAUUUUGCCAUGAGACCUGGAACCUACACUCUCGAAUUUCCUCAUAAAACCAUCUCUCCCUUAAAAAGGACUCUCUUCUAUUCGGUGAC